GAACAUUACCCCUAGCAGUCGUUGAUAGGAUAUAAUUUGUAAAAAAAAAAAUUAUUUAGUGACCGAUUUCGGAUCAAGUUACUUUCCCGCGAAAAACGAGCCAAGAUGGCGGGAUUUGAAAGCGGGAAACGAAGGUCUCCACGUGGCACCAGACGAACUCCAAAUGUACAGAAAAGAAAGCUGGACAUGGUGGACAGCAGAAGCAGCAUAGAGAAAUCCGACGAAGGAUCCCAGCAUUCCGCGCAGUCCUUUUACAACAAGUCAUCAGCCAAUAAGAAGCGGCCUUACAUCGGCCCUUUGGAGAGGAAGUACCUGCGAGAGAUCGAGGAGAAGAGAGCGCAGAGAUCGCGAGAAAACUCGACAGAAAGGCUGAACGGCGAGACAAAGGUUUCUCCUACAGCCCCACCUGCUGGACCGAGGAAAUACAUCAUCACUGUACCUGUCAAGAACAAGACUGUCAAGAAAACGCCUGUAAGAAAGAGCCCAAGAAAAUCUUCCAGCCCAAGCCUCACUCCUUCAAGGCGGAGUCCUAGGAAAGCCAUGACACCCCAGUUGAAGAAGACGUCACCAAGCUCAGAGAAAGCGCGUACAGGGCUUACCAAAUCCACUCCGCGGACCCCUCCUUUGAGUGUGAAUGAGACUGUGUACACCCUUACGCCCUCCCUCUUUAGUGACAUUGACAGCCAGGACACAGAUGACACGGGCAGUUUGGCAAGUUGUGAAUCUAACAGCAUCAUUGGCCCCACCCCACCCGUUGAUGCCACCACUGUGAUGUCACACAAGGAUGGUCAGACGGGUACUCACAUGAUGGGCAGCCCGCAGAGAGCAAAGGCUUCCCAACAGGUCUCACCAAAAUCCUCUCCAACACAGAGGCAGACAAAGCAAGUUACCUUGCAUGCCUUUCUGAAGAAGAGUCCCCAGGGGAAAACAGAUGGUAAGGUGGAGUCCAGAAAGUCAGCAGAGGUUGUGUCAGAACCUGUUUCAGAAGUUACUUCUGCAAGCACUGAGCAGGAGGAGUUACUGAUGGCAUUUGAGGAACUUGCCAACGCUUCUGAGAGUAAGGAGGAGGAAGAUGCCUGGAAUGACACAGAGAUAGACAACACACCAUCAGUGUGUGGAUCAGAAGACUUGUUUCCUGAUUACAAAUCAGGAGGCUUCGAAGGAAAGGAUGGGACAUACAAGAGUACAGCAGGAGACGAGGUUUCACCGUCUAAGUCAAGUUCAGAUUCUGGGUGUGGGUCAGAGGUGAUGGAAGACUUGAGGGGCAGUGACCAAUCAGGUGAACCUGAGGCCAAGCGGAUGAAGAAGUGUUAUCCCAUCUUCUCAUCUUCACCAAAACCGAGGUCUCGCCUCUUCAACAAAAGUUCCCCACGUUCCAGCCCACUCUCAACCGGCAAACUGAAGUUACCGCGGAAAUCUAAGGAGCCACAGGGGAUGGAGCAGCUGAUUAUUGAUGCUGGACAGAAGAAGAUCGGAGCGAUCGUCUGUGAGACGUGCGGAAUGCUGUACACAGUGGGACAUGCUGACGACGAGGCUGCUCACCAGAAAUAUCACCACAAGUUCCUCAACUCUGUCAAGUUUGAGGGUUGGAAGAAAGAGCAUGUGUUAGCCACAUUCCACGAUGGAAGAAUAAUCAUGGUCUUGCCAGAUGACCCCAAGUAUGCCAUCAAGAAGGCUGAAGAGGUGCGAGAGCUGGUUGAUAAUGAGUUGGGUUUUAUCAAAGGUUACUCAACAACCCGCUCUAACUGCAAGACACUGCUGUUCAUCUCAAACGACAAGAGAGUGGUGGGCUGUGUGAUCGCAGAGGAGAUAUCCAAGGCAUAUCGAGUUCUGCCCAACGAGAGCCAGUCCAGCCCCUCGUCCCCCUCCCCCCUGCGAGCGUGGUGCUGUGACACCCGGCCCGUCUCCGCGGUGUGCGGGGUCAGCCGGGUCUGGACCUUCCGUCUCUGGAGGAAGAAGAAAGUGGCGACCAGACUGGUGGACACACUGAGGUCCCACUUUGCAUUUGGCUCCUUUCUAUCCAAGGACGACGUGGCAUUUUCUGAUCCCACCCCAGACGGACGGAAGUUUGCUGAGAAGUACUGUGGCACAGCAGCAUUCUUGUGCUACAAGUAGUUUUCAUUUAGACAUUACGGGGCAGACAUUCCAUAAUUAUAUGAAUCUGGAAUACUACUACUAAUUAUUAUUAAUUAAUAUUCGUCAAUGUGUAAAACACUACAUGUAAGUCUUGAUAUGUUUGUUGCAGUGCUUUUAUUUUCUGCGAUUUCUUUAUUCCUACCAUGAAAUCAUGACACUGCGAAUGUACUGUGCUGCUUCUUGAUUCAACCUCGAAUUUAACACUUCCUUUUCCUGCCUAUUGCAAAAUAAAGUAAACUGGGUACUAGUAUCUCACUGGAGUGCAACAUGUUGGUGGCGACACUGCGUAGAAAAUUGGGUGUGUUACCCUUGACUUUGUAAUGAAAUAUCAUCCCCAAUUUAGAUGGGAUGUGCUUUGAGAUUUAGUCCUCAGUUCCAACAUUGUAUGAACUUUCCUGCUAAUCUCCAAGCAGAUCCUACGGUGCCAUAAGAUAGUAUCAAAGCUGGCCAAGGAGUAUAGCGGGCCAAAGGGAGUCAAAUGGGCACCUACGGUGGGUUUGAUACUAUAUUACGCCACCGUGGAUCUGCUUGGAGAUUACUUUCCUGCUACUGCAGAAACUGUACAUUGCAUCUGUUAUUGUUUUUUUAAAAGACGUUAUUUAGUUGAAUUUCAAUACUAGUACUUCUACAAGUUAAGGAGUACAAAGGAUUUAACGGGCCGAAAAUUAACACAAGAUGUCCAUUCCUAUAAGGAAAUGACAAUCAAUAAUUAAAAUUUAAUGUUCAGGUCAGCUACCUAGUACGACUUGGAAAUUAAAAUUACCGUGUGAUAGUUGUCUUGCUAUUUCUUUUAAGUAACUCGUACAAGAUGAUUAUUUCGGUGUACUGGUAAUGUAUGGUAUUUUAGGAUUUCAUGUAACUAUAUAGAUAAUACACUAACAAUGGUAUUGUAAUUGAACACCAUCAACUUAAAUAAAUUAAAUAGACUUGUUCUAACUGAGAUGGUCAACCUUUAUGACAUGGUAUAAAACAUGACAGGCAGAAAGACAUGUCUGUACGUUAGAAAAUACUGCACAAUAUUAGUUUGACUCCUGAAAAGGAAUGUGAAGCUUUAUAAGAUACCAUUAAAAAAUUGUGUAGUUCUAAGAUUGGUUUUCAUUUUUGUACUUGGGACAUUUCAGCGGGAAUGAGUGGUGGGAUAUUACUUUUACCCUGAAUAAACAUGAACAACCACA